AGGAGGGACAGGAGAGAGAGAGAGAGACAGAGAGAGAGAGAGAGAGAGAGAGAGAGAGGAGGUGAGCAGAGCGCACACGUCGCACUAUCAGCUGAAUCCAUCUAAGAAAACAAGUCGCAGGGAGUCCGGGGUCCGAGCUGCGUAAAGGCAAGUUUUGACGCUUCGCACUAAAAAAGACAAGACAAGCGCACCGGACGGAGACGCAGCUGGCCGUCAUGGCCCGUGGUGGUGGUGGUGGUGGAGAACAGUUCGGAGAGUGCGUCCUCACCGAGUGUGGAAGGGGAAAAAGGUGGUGCGCUGCGAUCAGCACCCUGCCGCCGCCGCUUCUUCUUCUUCUUCCUGCGCUCCUCAGACGGUGUUGAGUUAAAAAAAAAAGGAGCUCCGUUUGUUGUUGUUGAAGCUUUGGUGCUGGAAAACAAAAAACUAAAAAAGUGUGGACGGACGCGCAACCACCACAACCGAAAGGGGGGACCCACACAUGCAAAGGCAAAUAUGCUGUUCCGUAGACUCGGAACCGACUCGCAGCAGCGUUACCGAGCGGAGCUUUACGCGCGGUCACACAGCAGCAGCAGCAGCAGCAGCAGGACCGCAUGAAGGACACGGAGGCGCACACAGAGAAAAAGAGGGGAAAAGUUGAACGCGGUAGCAGGGGGUUUGUAAUGGAGAACGGCUCGCCAAAGGUCUCUGGAUCCAAAUGUCACCCCCUUUGGACUCUGCCCUGGUCGGGGACCAGCAGUGUGUGACGGACAGGCGAGUGGAGCCUGCGGUGGCCCUCUACUGCGUGGCUUCAAAUUGGCCCUGGCUGAGCUCUGCAUGGAGCAACGAGUGAAGAGUCCUGCUAUGGUCUGAUGUCUCAGCAUGGAUGGAGUCAGUCAGAGGACUGGCCACCACUAAUGAGACCAUCGCUCUUCAGCUGAGGACUAGCAUUUACAGGAUUACUCCCACGGUUUCCUGCUCUUUCCCCAGCUAACUGCAUCAUUACCAAACUCUCCUAGUUGGACUUUUCCUGGGUCUUGGUUUUUGGUGGAUAUAUACGUCAUUGCCUUUUUUGAUUUUCAUAUUUGUUCAAUUCCCUCCCAGUUCAUUUUUUUUUUUUUAUAUAGUUGGUUUUCCUUUUCCUGUUUUGUUUUUUCACUAUGGAGUUUCUGGUUGGACCCUGGAAUAAAGAUUGGGCUUCAUUCUUGCAAUUUUGGUUGACUGUCAUCCUAAGCCUCCAAAUGCAAUUCAGCCCGGGCGCCUGUUGCCCGGACGAGUGUCGUUGUGACAAGCCGUUUGUGUACUGCAACGAGCGCAGCCUGACAUCAGUGCCUCUGGGGAUACAGGAGGGCUUCAAGGUCCUCUUCCUACACAACAACCAGAUAAACAAUGCUGGCUUCCCAUUGGAACUUCACAAUGUGGCCACCGUGGAGACUGUGUAUCUCUUCGGCAACCAGCUGGAUGAGUUUCCCAUCAAUCUGCCCAAAAACACCAGGGUCCUGCACCUCCAGGAGAACAAUAUUCAAACGAUCUCCAAGGCGGCCCUGGCCCAGCUGACUCGACUAGAGGAGCUGCACCUUGAUGAUAACUCCAUCUCCACGGUGGGGGUGGAAGAAGGGGCCUUUAGGGAGGCGAUAAGCCUCAAACUCCUCUUCCUCACCAAGAACCACUUAAGCAGUGUUCCCAUUGGCCUUCCCGAGGACCUGAAAGAGCUGCGGUUGGACGAGAACCGUAUUGCUCACAUCGCAGAGGAGGCCUUUCAGAAUGUGACACGUCUGCAGCGCCUCCUGCUGGACGGGAACCUGCUGACGGACGAGGGCAUUGCGCCAGGGACCUUCCAGGACCUGGCCACCCUCCGUGAGCUGGCACUGGCCCGCAACUCCCUCACUUUCCCCCCUCCCCUCCUACCGAGCCAGUCGCUGGUCAAACUCAGCCUGCAGGAGAACCAGAUUGACCAGAUCCCUGUGGCAGCCUUCGCUGAGCUAAACAGGCUGGAAAAACUGGAUAUCUCCAGCAACCAGCUUCAGACUCUUACACAGGGUGUGUUCGAUGGCCUGUCGAGCCUGAGGCACCUCAUGGUGCGGAAUAACCCCUGGCGUUGUGACUGCGCUGUGAAAUGGGUGGUGGUGUGGCUCAAGUCUUUGCCCUCCUCCAUCAACGCCCGGGGGUUCGUGUGCCUGAGUCCGGACAAGGUGCGCGGCAUGGCAAUCAGAGAGCUCACGCUGGAUAUUAUAGAGUGCCCGGUCGAUGCCGACCUGCCGCCCUGGCCCACCCUCCGUUCCACACCCCCUCCCCCACCCACAACCACCCCUAUCCCCACCAUGAUCUCCACCCUCAUCACCACAUCCAUCCCUUACUACUUUGACUCACCCUCCCCUCCCUUACCCCCGAUCCAUAACAACCCUCCCGGUCCUCUGCCUCCUUACGAGGACCCCCUUCAGAUCUCCUUCCAUGUGGUCAACUCCACCAGUAUCGAGGUGAGCUGGGCUUCCUAUUUCACCGUCACAGCCUACAAGGUCACUUGGGUCAAAAGGGGCCAAAGCCAAAUAAACGAAGGGUUGCGGGAGAGGACGGUGAGCGGGGACCGGCGGCAUAUUAGCCUCACCAACCUGGAGCCCCGAUCGGUGUACCGGAUCUGCGUGCACGUGCUGGACACCCUUAACUCCUACAGGCCCGGAGAGGAUACUAUAUGCUCCGAGGCCAGGACCAAGGCUGUUGCGUCUACCAAGCCUCCGGGUAGAGAGCAAGCUCCUCAGGAGAGCAUCAACUCCACGCUGCUAAUGGCUGGGAUCAUAGGUGGGGCGGUGCUCGUCAUCCUGGUAACACUGCUCAGCCUGUUCUGCUGGCACAUGCACAGGAAGAGCCGGUCGUCUUCGACCAAGUGGAAAUACAACCGGGGCAGGAGAAAAGACGACUACGGCGAGGCCGGGACCAAGAAGGAUAACUCCAUUCUGGAGAUGACUGAGACCAGUUUCCAGAUAGUGGCGCUGAACAAUGAGCAGCUGCUCAAGGGAGAUUUCCGCAUUCAGCCCAUCUACACGCCCAACGGGGGCAUUGGAUUUAGAGACUGUCACCUCAGCAACAACAGCAUAGCCUACUGCAAGAGCAGCAACGUGCCCAGUACAGAGUUCUGCCACACGUGAUGCAGCGGCAAAUAGUACAGCAAGCAUUCACACACACAUACCAGAAAACACUUAUUACACACAUAAAUACACACACAUUUGUGAAGACGACAAAAAAGCAUAAAAAUUCUAGUGAAAUAUAACUGUACUAUAUAUAUUUCCAAGUUCUGUCUACGAUGUAAUUUAUACUGUGGAUAAUAAUGUGGGAUUCUCUGCUAUCUUUUUUAUCCUUAGAAAAAGAGAUACGAGUGUUUCUUUUUUUUAUAACCAGCAGGGUUUUGAACGUUGUUUUAAUGGUCAGUACUGUACAUGAACAUGGAUUUGUACAAUCACGGCACCCUGGGUGUAGCUUCUGACUGUCCGCCUCGUGAAACGUUGGGGCGCUUAGAGGGCUGGGAUCCUUUGCUAACCACAGAAGCAAAAUAUGGCCUUUUUUUUGCUCUUUGAAACACUGCAAACCCCUAACCCCCCCGGUACAACAGAACAGUAGUAAAGACAACACAGCGCAGGGGGAAAAAUCUAAACACUGCUGAUUUGAACGCUGUGGAAAUACGGCACUGGUUUCGUUGGUGGUGGUGUGUUUGUAAAAAAAGAGCUGAAGUGCACUUUCUUAUGAAUGGAAGCGGGGCAGGAAAUGAGCAGAGGUGGUGAUCACAUGGUUGUGUCGACGGUUGUGUAGGGAGAAUGUCAUCGGUGCUGGACUGAGAUUUCCCAAAAGUGUCUGAACACUAAAAGCGUCUUUGUUCUUACUGGUUUUCCAGUGGAACAAAAGGUGGGCUUAGUCAGGAGACACCUUUUUUGGGAGAACUCUGAACAAGGAAGUGUGAUUUUCAGCAUGUUUUUUAGUGAGGAGGUGCAAUUAUUAAAUUUAAAAUGGAACAAAGGGGUUAUUGUCCCUAAUGAGGCGCAUGGAUGUGCUGAGACACGCAGAUCCAUUUUGAAGAAAUUCCCUAAUUUGUUCUGCUUCUUUCUCCCCCAACCACCCCCCUCUGUUUUGGCAAAUGAGGCCACAAGGGGGCAGUUUCCCUUAGCGUCGUGUGUGGGACAGAGGCCAAGACAGACAGAGAGAAGG